AACAAGAGCUAAGUCAACCCUUGAAUAUGACGAAAGAACAAGAGUUGGAUAUAAAUAUGAAGGACACAAAGAUGGAAUAUGAGGAAUCAUAUUCUGUGUCUGUUGAAGCUUUUCAAAGGCAAAGAAAAACAGAAGAGAAAGAAAAAUGGCGGAGAAAAGGAGGAACGCACAUUGAAAGUACRAAGGUACAAAUGUUUGAGGCAACAUUUUCUGUGCUUGAUGAAGCUGUGACCGGAAAGGAAAAUCAAGAAUUGAGCAAGAAAAGUUGUAUGGUAACACAUGAUUGUAACAAAGGGGGGUUGUUUACCACUGUUGCUGAUGAUAAAGAAAGCUCUUCCCAGUCUUGUAGUGUAGAAGGCUUGAUGCGAAAUUCCACGUCUGAUGGAAGUUCUUCUUUAGAACAGAAAAGCGAUGAAUCUUUCUCCAUCUUGAAGAAUACCUCUAUAUCUGACCUCACCCCUGGUGGGUUUAAUCCGGUAUUUACGAGCACUGCUCGACCGACAUCACCGUCAGCUGACAAAACCCAAAMCCUCAGAGCAGAAGAAACACAGGAUCACCCAGGAGAAGCAGAAAAGCUCACUGCAACGAAGAAACAUGUAACAUUUGGUAAGAGCAUACUUUACAUGACCAGACAUGACUUUGAAGRAAGUCUAGAUACAAGUCAAGGUAUUGCCUCUCCGUACCAUAAUGAUCCAACAGAUGAUGAUAUCGUUCCUUGUACUCAGCAGGAGGACGAUAGUCAGUUGAUGACAUUCCAAGACCCACUGCARAUUUUGAGAACGUUGUCCUCUUCUGCCACUGAAGUGCUCCAAGAAGAUYCAAAAUCCAAGGUGUCGUCGGKUGGUSCURGCCAUGAUGKUGAAGUUGGCCGUUAUGAUGRUACUAUGCAACGUCUGCUUGGUGAUGCAGUAAAGUUURUUGAUAGUGGGAAUGUCCCAAAGGGUUCACCCAAUGAUUUUAGUGCCAAGAUGCAGCAUCCAAAUGGUAAUAUACUACAAACUGUGGUUGAUAGUAACGUUCAGAGGAGCUCAACGAAUGAUGCAAUGCGGCAUCGGGGUCGUGAAGAGCAUGCUUCUCGCUUGGCAAGUUGUGACAGUGAUGUGCUGUGGCGACAAAAUCUUGACAAAAAACAGCGCCUAAAUGAUGGUGAUGCUCCAAAUGAUAACGAUGACRAUUCACAGGGUUCUUCCAUUACUGGGGAUGAUAAGGAAAUUAUUCUAUGCAGCGAUGAAAGUGAAGAAUUCGUACGUUCUCCUACUACAGUCGCGAAAGACAGUGUCYUGCAAUGUAUAAAACAGUCAAAUAACAAGGUUUGCAAUGACCUUAUUAUGGGCAGCGAUGACAGUGCYGGCAACAAUAUCUCCAGCUCUCCUAAAACUGCUGCAAAACAGAAUAUCCUUCGAUGCAUUCAAAAGCAGGCAAAUAAUGGCUCUAAGGAUGACGUCUCAAAAGCRCGUAGCCAAUCAAAGCAGACCUCGAAAUCACCAUUAAAAGGUCGGGAAACGCAGAACGUUAGUGUUAAAGGACGAGAAAAAUCGCUGCAGUUUACUUUAACGGAUUCAGAACUUGGGAAAGCUUUGAUUUCACCUGCGGAAAAAGAGAACACUUUCUUGCCUGGCUCAAAAGGUGUAAAUAAUUUGGAAGAAGGAAAAUCCCCUCCCCAGGUGCAGCGCGUCACUUCAACAACUCCCGUGAUAGAAGGUGGAUCAUGUGCUAUUCCAUGUUCAACGUUUUACAAAACUAAAUGUAAUAACUGUAAGAAGCGACCUCGAGAAGGUUUGGUACAAGUUGAACUAGGACCCGACGUAAACUUGAUGUCACUUGCGGAAGAUACAGGUGUUCAUGAUGGUAAUAAAGCUGUUGCCAUGAAGACGCAUGCUUUACCAUCAGGGACAUCAAGUGAUGUAGCAGCACUUGUACCAGGUGAAGGGAAUUUGAAAAGAAAGCGUGCACAAGAAGAUGAUGAAACUAGAGCUGCGAAGAAGCUACURACAAUCUCCGCGCCGUCGACUGCUUCAGCUCAAGUAUCAACAACUUGCUUGAAUACUAUAAAGAAUAAGGACAAUAAUGUAAGAGUGCUGAAUGCGGAUGCUAGUUUCCAGGCCUUUACAGAGUAUAGCUGUGACCACGUGUUGUAUUCCCAACAGGAUCCUUUAGUUCUUGAGUUUUCUUCAAGCGAAAAUUCAGAUAACGAUUCUUCUCAGGAGAGCAAAAUUAACGAUUUGCUUUCAAGUCCCAUUUUAUUACCCAGUCCACCWCGUGAAACGAAAACGGUGCGUCGGUCUAUCGAAACAGGGGUGGCUAACCUGAAAUUUAUAAACACUGAAAAGGCCAUGGAAGAGUUUUACAUGUCAGAGGAACAAGAACUCUCCGCUUCUCCCAAGUUUGUAUCGUUGCCCUCAUAYCAGGUACCAACUACGAACAACAAUAAAUGUUCUGACCUCGCCAAUAAACAGAAGAAUACAACACAGCACACUAACACAUCACAAGGUAAAAUCAAACCAAUUAUUCUAAGUGACUCAGAAGAAGACGAAAGUGAGAGCAGUUUCUGUUGGUUUACGACACGGUAGGUCAUGUCAUGUCAUGUGUAUGCUAAGGUCCGUUGGUUGAAAUUCAUCGUUGCUUGGAUAUUGGUCUAUAAGGAUCUUCAUACUUCGACAGUUCGAUCAUCCUGUGGUUUGAAGUUUGUAAUUUACCUGGAUUUUAUUGGUUGAUUCAAAAUAAUCAGCAAAUGAAUAUGUUUGGUCACAAUUGAUUUACCAAUUUAUAAUAUGGUCAUUAAUAAGAACGUCCAUAGCUAGUAACCUGAAUAUACUCAUCCAAAGAAUUAAGAACCCUUCGUGUUCAUUGGUUGAUCCAAUGGUUCAUUGGUACCAUUGURGUCACCAAUAAGAUGCUCCAUAGCUAGCAACACUAUACUGAUCUAGGAAUGGCCUUCAUAAAGAUUGUGAUCCCUAGGAUUUCAUUGGUCGAUCUAGGGGUUCAUUGGUACCAUUGUGGUCACCAAUAAGAUGCUCCAU